CUCCAACAAUCUCCCCUGAUAUUCAUGACGGUUUGUUUAUCGUGGCCACAUCCGUUGCUGCUUCUUCCAAGGUCCAACUUACGAUUCUUCACUAGUCGACACCCAACACCAGGGCCCUCUCUUUUCUCUUCGCCAUGGUCCUCUCCACGGAUCCGCCUGUUGGGUCAUCACCUCCCCCUGUGCAGCCGACAACGGCCGUGUCUGCACCCGGAAAAGUACUCCUCGCAGGAGGUUACCUGGUGCUGGACCGCGGGUACACUGGACUCGUUUUCGGGCUGAGUGCGCGCAUCAGCGUUAUCGCGGCUCCCAUCACCACGGAACCGGGCGUCCACCUGGCUGAGAUUGUGGUGCAGAGCCCGCAGUUCAUCGACGCGACGUGGCGGUAUGGCUUUCACUUGGCCGAGCAGGAGGGCGGCAUAACCGUGACACAGCUGCACGUUGGCUCCAAGAUUUCACGCAACCCCUUCGUCGAGACAACCCUCACAUACGCGCUCACCUACAUCCACCACGUGAGCCGCGACGACCAAACCCACAGCCUGGCCUCGACUCAGCUCACCAUCCUCGCCGACAACGAUUACUACUCCCUCCCGUCCACCGCCACCCGCUCUACAUCCGACGAACCCGCCGCCCCGAAAGGCCGUUUCGCCCGCUACCCGCACACCCUCUCCGAAGCCCACAAGACGGGCCUCGGCUCCUCCGCCGCCCUCGUCACCUCGCUCACCGCCGCCCUCCUCUCGCACUACCUCCCGACUUUGCUCUUCGACCCGGCCAGCGCGGCGGGGGAGCAGACGCUCCACAACCUCGCGCAGUCGGCCCACUGCGCCGCGCAGGGCAAGGUAGGGUCCGGGUUCGACGUCGCGGCCGCCGUGUUCGGGUCGUGUCGCUACCGCCGGUUUUCCCCCUCGCUGCUCUCCGACCUCCCUGCGCCCGGGUCUGCGGGGUUUGCGGCUGCGCUGGCGCGGCGGGUGGAUGGCCAUAAGGGGUGGGAUACGGAGGUGAGGAAGGAGGGGGCGGUGAUGCCGAAGGGGGUGGUGCUGCGCAUGUGCGAUGUGGAUUGCGGGAGCCAGACGGUGGGGAUGGUGAAGAAGGUCCUUGCGUGGCGGGCGGCGGAAGGGGAGGGGAGCAAGAAGCUGUGGGAUGCGCUGCAAGAGAGGAAUGAGGCUUUGGCGGACGUGUUGGGGAGGGGGGACACGGGGGAGAUUCCGGGGGCUUUGGCUGCGGUGCGGGAGCUUGUGAGGGAGAUGGGGACGGCGAGUGGGGUCCCUAUCGAGCCGGAGAGCCAGACUGAAUUGCUGGACGCCUUGGGGGAGGUGGAUGGUGUUUUUGGAGGUGUUGUUCCCGGGGCGGGCGGGUUUGAUGCCCUGGCUUUGCUUAUGAGGGAUGACGAGGAGACGGAGAGACGGGUGGAGGCGUUUCUGGAGGAUUGGAGUCGGAAGAAGGACGCUAGGGUAAAGCUUCUUGCCGUCAAGGGUGAGGUGGAAGGUGUGAGGGCAGAAGAUUUGAGCGUUUAUGCCGGGUGGCUACCAUGAGGAGGUAUGUGGUGUUGAACUGUUGAUCACAUUUACAUGGGACUAUACAGCCGGUGUUGACUGAGAUGUAUUUCUGUAAACAAACAGAAGGGCAUGCAUGAAAAGAUACCUCAAGAAAGGGCAUUAUCUUAGUGAG